AUGUCCCAUAAGUAUAAUGUGUUAUUAAUUGGUACUGGUGGUGUUGGAACUAUAGUAGCAUGCGGAAUCGAUUACGCAAAAAAAUCUAACUUGUCUAUUGUUGUAAGGAGGGAUUAUGAAAAGGUCAAUGAGAAAGGAUACGAUAUCGAAUCAAUUGACUAUGGUAGCGUUAAAGGUUGGCGUCCUCUCAAUGUCUAUCCAUCUGUUUCUGCAGCCAGUUUGUCUGGUGAUAUCUAUGAUUACGUUGUUAUCACCACGAAAAACUUGCCCGAUAUCAUGAAAAUUGAAGCAUUGAUUGAACCUGUUGUGACCCCAAAAAUUACUUCAGUUGUUCUCAUUCAAAAUGGUUUCGACUUGUGCCGUCCAAUAAUUGCAAAAUUCCCUAAUAAUGUUGUCAUUUCUGGUGUGACAUACGUCGGUUCACAUAAUACAAAUGGAAAUGUGCACCAUACCCAGACUGAUAAAUGCUUCAUAGGAUCCGGAAAAAACCCCAACUUACCGGAGGACUUACAGGAAUUGAAGACUCGUGAAUUUGUGUCCUUGUAUAGCAACGGAAAGAACAAUCCUAUUUACGUUCAAAAUGAAAGAGAGCACAGAUAUCGAAAGCUCAUAUACAAUGCGACUUUGAACACAACUUGCGCUCUUACGGGUGUUGACACAGGUAGGCUGGAAAAUGCUGGUGGGCUUGACUCCAUUGCCCUACCCGCCAUGCAUGAAGUUCUUGCGAUUGCAAAAGCUGAUGGAAUUGAGCUGCCAGAUGACGCGAUCAAUACAGCGCUCCAUCUGGAUGACGGAGAGUACUUUGAACCAUCCAUGUUGGUGGAUGUGAAGAAGGGAAAUCCUAUUGAAUUAGAAGUAAUCUUGGGUAAUUUACUGCGCGUGGGGAAAGAAUUAGGGGUUAAUACUCCAAUCCUCAAUUUUCUCUACAGUCUCUUGACUGUUGUUCAAUACCGUUUGAGAGAGGGGCAGGGUUUAUUUACUCUACCUGAGGAGCGACCCGUAUCAAAAAAAUUCUACCAUUAA